AUGAAGAAAACUGAUAACAUCUCCAAACCCAAGAUCAAGAAAAGGAAGUACUCGAGAAAAGGAUGCAACGAAUGCAAGAGACGAAAAAUCAAAUGCGAUGAAGCUGCUCCAGCUUGCAACAACUGCACGAGGCUCAAUAAGACUUGUAUCUAUGAGAACAAGACGAAGACUCAGCAAGAUCCCUUGGUGGCGAAGUUCGCUCAGGCUAACGAGCCACCCGUGAAGGAGAAGAACUUGAACUUGAAGUUCUACAAGCCAAAGACUCCAAAAUCCACCAGAAAGGAAGAAGCCAAGGUCGAGACUCCAAAAAAACCAUCGCAGAGUUUCGUUGACAAUUCGGACGACAACAGCAACAAUACCUUUCCCAAGAUCGAGGGCAUGGAUACUCCGAUCUUACCUGUCCUCACUUCUAUUCCCCCCGAAGCUCCCUCGAGCAUGGUGUCGAGUAACGAAACGAAUUACGAGAUGCAGACUGUUUUCAACGAAGCCAGUUUGCUUGUUAAUGACAUAAACCAUAUGCUAGAGGAUAAUUAUGAUGUGCAUCAUCAAAACGAGAGAAACGCUUUCAGAAGGACCCAUGCCAGCCCUUCCAUGUCGUCGGAAGACCGUACACAGUUCAGUAUCGAAGACUUUGUUGAUUUGAAUGACCAAAUGGACGGAAGCCCCCACCUUCCUUGGAAUAAAGCUGCGGAGAUUUGGGAAAUCCUGAACUCUCAGCUUAUAGAGGAAUGUGUAACAGCGAACAACUUGGGUGAACCCCAUUCAGGCUACUUACGAACAUUGACUUCCACCGAGCUUUCGUACCACAUGUACCCGCUCGCAUCACUGAUCGAAACGAAUGAAGUUGUGAAACUUUUACUCAUGUACCUGAGCGAAUGCCCACAUCUUUUGUUUUCACUUUUGGCAAUCUCAGCCACCUUUCAAUUCAACCAAACGGGCAGAUCAAGCCAUGAUAUCGCUCGUCAAAAGUACAUUGGCGUGUGUCUCCGCAAAUUGAGUGAUGACUUCUCGGAGAAACCAGCUUCAAAACUGUCGCAAUCCUUCCAUGUCGAGAAGCUUUUGAUGACUGUGUUGGUAUUGACCACGUACUUCAGUGCAACUACAUCACUGUUGAACGAUACAGUGCUCAACUCAUGGAAGGUCCAUCUUAGAGGAGCUCGUGACCUUUUAAUUAAUUACAGCAGAAUCACCAAAUCUUCUGAUUGUGUUUCGCUCGGGCUUGCCCUAGCGAAAUCGUGGUUCUUCGCCUUAGAGUCUGUGGCCGCUGUCUUUUCUUCUGUUGGCGGUGCUACAGCAAAGUCUUACGAUGCUCCCACACUAGACAAUGACGAUUUGUUCGGCUCUUUCCCGAACUUACCACUAGACACUAAUACAGUUUUUGUUGAGAGUGGCUUUUUUGAAUUCCAUGAAAACAGAAACUACCAUGAAUCACUAACAAGACUCGCCAUGGUGGUCACCAGUCCCACCCUGUCCGAUUUUAAUAUAUUCUGGGGAUACACAGCCACCUGUGUCAAGGCGAUUGUCUGCUACACUAGGGUAAAAAAUGCUAUGGAUAUCAAGAACUUGGAACGGGCGCCAAUAAGGUGGAUUGCACAAAUUGUCUCGCUUCUUGGCCAAACCGGCAGAGAGGAGGUGGUGCCUGGAGUACUGCCUCGAAAUUACCUAAUUCCCAAGACUUGUAAAGGACAUCCAGAUUUUGAGCCCCAGACACAGCGGUAUAAUUUCCCACCCGCUUGUUACGCUGUGGAUACAGAUGAAAAUGGUACCAAGACCUACUAUUCGUGGUUCGAUGCCUCAAACCAGUUCCAUGUUGAUUUCUUGCACCUCCUGCUACUUGUACUGUCGGAGUUUUACGCCCUUCCCCGAACACACUUCCAUGUACAAGAGAUGGUUCAGCGAAUUUUCACAGGUGCUUUUUUUAUGAAAGAAAAGCUGUCGCCGCUAUACGAGAGAGAUAAGCCGGAUGUGAUAGUUGAGAGUGACAAUUAUUAUGUGUCCCUGUCUACGUUUGACAAUAGGUGCAUAAUGAUCCAGUCGGCGUUCCGGCUAUGUGCAAGCGUUGUUGUCGAGGAGGAGUAUUUUGAAAAGAUUGAAUUGUUUUUCAUGGGUCUUGUGAAGCUAGGCAAUGGAUCCUCGCUCAAUGCUUUGGACCAGGUGACAAGGAUAAAAGAGAUCAGGAGAGAGAGAAGGCAGGAAAACCCAGAUCUCAUUGACGAAGAGGUGAUUGAAUUUGAAGAAGGAAAAGCUUCGAUUCCGUUUGCUUAG